GCCCGGCCUGCGCCGUAUAUAGCACGAGGCGCCCCCGCCAUCUCCGUCUUCCUCCUGCUCGUCUCCUCGGCACUCUUACGAUUCUGCCAACUCCAAACCAUCUCGGCAUUCUGCCUGUUCUGUCUGCUCUGUCUGCUCUUGUGUGCACGAUGGCUUCCCUUGCUCCUCAGUUCCCCAGCGAAAUGCCCGAUGACUCUGCCAUGGUGCUCGACAUCAUCACCAUCGAGGAUGUCUGUGCUCGCGAGGACCUGCUAUUGGCCCCCUGCGACGACGACGACGAGGACGACCUCGAGGCUGCUUUGGGGGUGGUCGUCCCAGACUCGCCCAUGUGCUGUGCUGAAUCGGAGGGCCCAGAAUCGCCGUCCAUACCCAUUUCACCCACCGAGGCCUGCUCGGUCGUCAUCAGCGGCCGGUUCACGCUCCUGAUAGAGCCCCUGCGCGGGAACGAGCUCGACCACCACGACCGCGAACCCCUGGACUGCUCCGACGACGACGACUCAACGCGGAUAUGCUCUGACGACAACGCCCGUCCCCUGGACUCACCCGAUAUCGCAGACCCAGCCGCCGCUGUGCUGGUCGACGACGCCACCAGGUUCGUCGUGGAGCACUCGAUACUCAAGCUCACCGAAGUCGAGAGACCGCUGCAACACCGGACCACCGUCCGCCAGUUCCUGACAACCAUGCCCAGCAACUCGUUUCUCUACCGGCAGCCGCAGAUGCAGGCCUACCGCUACUAUACGCCGCCGUCACCGCGGACCCUAGCCGGUACUCUGGUCGAGUGUCGAGCCCGAGGCAUGCUGUGCCCGCCGCGAAAGCCCGUAUCCAAGGCAUCGACCCUGCGAGCCGUGCUGCCGGCCACCAACCUGACCCUGGACUCGCGGUCAGAGCUGUCUCUUGGCAGCCAGUUCCUGGCGGCGACGCUCUCCGUGGCCACGUCCAGCAAGCGCAAGGCCAUCAACUUCCAUCUGCCCCGUUUGCCAACCCGCUCCGAGAUAUGCCAGCGGAUCCAUGUCAAUGCCCAUUUCUGAGGCCAAUCUGCAGACUCGCUGCUCAGAUAGAACCAUGGGAGAUGGGUGGGGCCGGGGCGUCGCUUGAACCGACUCUGCACACCAUUCGCGCGGCCCUCUCUCCCCUCUCCCAGAUACCCUUGAAUAGCGACCAAAGUUGAGCAACCUUGCUUGUGCCAACAGCGGCCCUUCCCUUCCUUUCGAUGCUGAGACUGUUUGUACAUAGGUAUUUAUGGAUAUCCAAGAGAAGCACGGAUAUCCAGCAUCCAAUAUAUGGAAUCUGUUGUCCAUCA